AUGUGCUUCUUCCAUGUCGUUGAAAACGUGAAAAAGCGUGUUUUAAGCCUCUCCAAGAACUCGAAGUACCUCGUCUAUCGACGUAUCUACGAAAUGCACUACGCUAGAGAUGCCACCGAGUUCAUGUCAAUUCAAGAGCGUGCCGAUGGCUUUUUGAUCGACACGCCAUACAACGUCAGGAAUGCUGAAGAAGACGAGCAGAACAACCGUCGCAUGGAGCGACUCGGACAGCCUAUGCUCGGGUGGACUGUAAACCUCAACUCGCAGACGUGUCGGUGCAGAGCAUUCUAUAGAUUUGGUGCGUGCAUGCUGGCACCUCUGAAGCGCGCCAACUGGAAGAUCGCUGGAUGGCCAGAAACGGAGCGCCGGUGA